AAGCGUUAGCAGUCAGGACAGAGCACGCAUAAUAAUUUGUUUUAUUGUAGUACGCUACAUUGAAAGUGUGAAUUUAAUAUUAUUGUACGUUGACAUUGAUCAUUUAUUAUUUAACCAUUUAGGACAUUCGAGUUUUAGUACUUAAACAUCAGUUUAAUUAUACCACGUGCCGUAGAUCGAUUUGGGUUAUCAUUGCAAAUUCGAUCCGACAGCUGCACGAUCGGGCGUGGGUGGCUAAUCCAUCAUGGAACGAUCAUGCAGCUCGUCCAGUGAAACAUCAUCGGCCAAGUACGAGUUCUCUGAUUCGGAUUCCGAUCACAAGCGGCAUGGCAGAAGUAGUCGUCCUCGUCGUUUGCCGACCAGCAACAGCAAGAACGCUGUGGCUGCCCGCAUAAACCGCAUGAAACAGAAACAGUACGUCAAGGACCUGGAGCAAAAGAUGUCGCGACUUAAACGUGAGAUCAGGGGUAUUAAACGGGAGUUGAAGGAACGUGAAGAGAAGUGGGCAAGCAGCCGCCGACAGGUGGCCUAUUUGCGCGGUAUGAUUGCUAAUAGCCAUCAAAUCGGCAGUCUGUUACGUAACAUACGCUGGAGAAAUAUCAUCCCACAAGGUAGUAAUAUUGACAAGACUCUUAACGAGUUAAACUCUGAUGCGAGUAUUGAUCACUUUCCUAUUUCUGCGAGCCAUAGUCUGUUUGAUGGUUGUUUUGAUUUGUUAGAGGAAAGAGACAACAACCGCAUUAUGCCUCCUCCAGUUGCACCUCAAGAAGAUGAGGGCUGGGCACUGUUAGAUGUUAUCGACCCCGCAACGACUGAGCUAUUCCAAGAAACCGUCCCAUCUAAAUAUGUGUCAGUGUGCACAUUGCUACCGUAGAAAGACGGUUGUGCGCCUGCAUAUUCGUGGUGUAAAUGAUCUUAUUAAUUAAAA